AACUGAAACCAGUUGCCCUCAGCCAGGGUGGCACCAGAGGAGGAAGCAGACCCCGCACUGCGCUGAGCUAAGUCGUGAGCGGAAAGACUGACGCGGUCACAAUAGGCUGUCCCGCAGGCCGAGAUAGCCAAGACCAUGAGAGUCCUCCUUCCUGUUCUGCUGAGCAUCUUGCUCUGUAUAGAGCCAGCUCAUUCUCUCAAAUGCUACAACUGUACCAAGGUACAGCAAUCCAGUCAGUGCACCUCUGUUCAGUGCCCAGGGUCAUCAACUCACUGUGGGAGUUUGGAAGCUGGAGACAAAAAUGGGCAAGAGAACCACAAAUUUUACUUCAAGGGUUGUACUAAUUCCUGUGUAAAUUUUUUCACGGAAUCAUUUUCAAAGGCCCAUAUGUCGAUCCCCCAAUCUAUCAUUGAAGUGGGUUAUUCCUGCUGUUCAAAAGACCUGUGUAAUGGGGCUGAUGGGAUCAGGAGCAGCCCCUUUGCUCUGCUAGGAGCACUCCUACUCAGCCUUGGACCUGCCUUCUUCUGGGCCAUGAUGUGAGGACGUCAGUCACCUCCUUAUGGAUGACUCUGUCUUGAGGUUUCCUUAUGCCUCAGGAAUAGAUAGGCACCUUUCUCUCUGCACGUCCCCUCUCCUGCCUGCUCUUAGACCAAUUGCAAACAUAAUUUACCAGAAUUUUAUCAGUCCUACAUAUACAUAGCAGACACACAUCUACACAGAUAUAUGCACAGAAAAAAAAGCAGACAUUUACUUUCCCAUGAAGUUAUCAAUGCCUUUGCACUUCCUUGUCUAUUACUAGAGAGAGCUACACAGGAACUUAAAUUUAUUAAACAUUCUGUCCCACAGAGACCUAUUUCUCUAGUUAUCUUUCUUUUCUUAGUUUCAUUUAUAUCUUUUACUUUUAUAUUGCAUCUUUUUCUAAAUAUAUCUAAUUCACAAUCCCUAGUUAGAAAGCCAUUUCUUCUAUAAAGGCCUAAAAGAAACAAAAACAUAACAGCAAAAUCAUCUUAUGCAAGGAAUAACUGAGUUUACCAGACUAGGGAAUACUUGGUACCUAGAGUCCCCUACCUCUCCAGUAAAAGGAGGGAGAUGUAUUUUCUCCUCUUUUCUCUGAGUCACAAUUAAGCAUUAUAAUACAAUGUUUGAUUUCAUUUUUUAAAAAAUUA